CUCUUACAUUUUUUCUUCUUCUCCAUUACAUUGUUCUUCUUCAUAGUCUGCAACAUAUUACAAUAAGGGUUAAUUAGCUUUGAGAGCAUAUCAUGGAAAUAUAUGGAAUGGUUACAGGAAAAGCAGGAAAGAGUGGGUUUGGAUCAGCUUCAACAGCUGAAGAUGUCACUCACUCCAUUGAUGCCAAACAUCUCACUGCCAUCAUCACAGGUGGAACAAGUGGGAUUGGAUUGGAAGCAGCAAGAGUGUUGGGAAUGAGAGGAGCUCAUGUCAUUAUCGCAGCAAGAAACGCAAAAGCUGCUAAUGAGUCUAAAGAGAUGAUUCUUCAGACGAACCCUAAUGCACGUAUCAAUUACCUUCAGCUUGAUCUAUCUUCUAUCAAAUCCAUCAGAUCCUUUGUCCAUGAGUUUCUUGCCCUUAAUCUCUCUCUCAACAUACUCAUAAACAAUGCAGGUGUUAUGUUUUGUCCUUUCCAGCUCACUGAAGAUGGGAUUGAAUCGCAAUUCGCAACAAACCACAUUGGUCAUUUUCUAUUGACUAAUCUGCUUCUGGACAAAAUGAAGAGUAGCUCCAAAGAAAGUGGAGUAGAGGGAAGAAUUGUGAAUCUGUCAUCUAUAGCUCAUACUUAUACUUACACCGAAGGCAUUAUGUUUGAUUACAUCAACGAUCCUGAUCGAUACUCGGACAAAAAAGCUUAUGGACAGUCAAAACUGGCAAACUUAUUGCACUCCAAUGCACUCUCUCGUAAGCUACAGGAAGAAGAUGUGAACAUCACAAUAAACUCGGUACACCCUGGACUUGUCACCACUAAUCUCUUUCGUCACUCCGGUUUAGGAAUGUCUGUUUUCAAAGCUAUGAGUUUCUUCUUGUGGAAAAAUAUACCUCAGGGAGCAGCAACGACAUGCUACGUAGCACUUCAUCCUGAUUUAAAAGGCGUCACCGGAAAGUACUUCGCCGACUGUAAUGUCACCACUACAAGCAACUUCGCCACCGACAUUUCUCUCGCCGAUAAGCUCUGGGAUUUCAGUACCAAACUCAUUGAUUCUCUUCACUAACCAAACAACAACACAUUCAAAAUGUAUCCUCCAUAAUGUUUACAUUCAUCUUAUAUAUGCCGCAUAUUGUUUAUUGAACUAAUAAUACUGUAAUCAGAAAUUAUCAUGUGAAAACUGAAUAAAUGUCAAGUGUAAAUU